GAACUUUAAUGGUAUAAAAUUAGAGCAUAAAUAUUUAAUUGUAUUAAUUCAAAAAAUAAUUUUUAAUGAAGUUUAUUUUUAGAAUUAAUUAUUUAUAACUUACCAAACGAGGCUUAAAACGUGCUGUACGAAAUCAUCUCCUUAUAGGAAAGAAGAAAAAAGCCUCACCGGUGACUUUUCUAACAACUCAUCCACGCUAUAUCCCACCCCUAUUGCAUAGAACGAAUCAGUGCCUCUUCCACCUCUGUUCGUGUGUUCCCCCUUCGUUGCUCUCACGCACUGAUAUCGAUAUCCAAUCUUUGCAAAGGUAUCAUGGGUGUGAGGGUUGGACUCUUAUUUCUUGUUGUCUUGGGCAUUAGCUGGGAUUCUGAAGCUCGAAAUUUGGUGGAAUCUGAUGGGAGCACAGUGAUAUAUGAUUUUUCAGUGAUGCAGCUAAACUAUCGGCAGUCAGAAAGAGCAGUUCAAGGUUUGGAGGGGGUUCACAGGAAUGAAAAAGUAUGCACAUUGUGUGAAGAGUUCACUGCCGAAGCACUUGAUUAUCUUAAAGAAAACAAGACUCAGAAGGAGAUCAUUGACAUCCUUCAUACAACCUGUUCUCAGAUGCACUCCUUCAGCCAGCAGUGUGAUACUUUGGUGGACUAUUAUGCUCCUCUCUUCUUUUCAGAGAUUGCCUUGAUAGAACCUGAAGAUUUUUGCCAAAAAAUCAAUCUCUGUGAGCAAAUGGCAAUUAUUUCUAAGGCAGUCAACAAAGAUAGCUGUGAGUUUUGCCAUCAGGCUGUUGCUGAUGUACUACUUAAGUUGAAAGACCCUGACACACAGUUAGAGAUAAUUGAGUUGCUUUUGAAGGGAUGUGAUUCUGUGGAAAACUAUGUGAAAAAGUGUAAGAGGCUGGUUUUUGAAUAUGCGCCUAUGAUCCUUGCCAAUGCGGAGCGUUUUCUCGAAACAACAGACGUGUGCGCUGUGAUUCAUGCCUGUAAUUUACCUACAUCUAGUAGCAUGUAGGCAUCGUACCGGGUAGACAUAUCCAUGCUGUCCAAAUCGAACUGUGUCGGCAUAUGUUUAGUAGAACAAUUGAUAUAUGUAUUCUUCCACACGUGCCUGUGUGUAUAAAUAUUAAAACAAGUUGUAUGUUGUAGAAUAUGAAAACUCGGUUGAAAUGAUUUGAUUAUGUACUUCUGUUA